AUGCACGCCUCGCUCAAGACCCUCACCCUCCUCGCCAUCGCCGCCACCUCAGCCUCCGCAACCGUCUUCAAGCUCAAAACGCACGUCACCGACUUUGACCUCACGCCCUCGCUCGAAGGCCAAGAAGUGACCGUCGCGGACGACACGGGCUUCGCCUACCUCGUUGCGCCGGGCUCGGGCGCGACGUUCCACUCCAACACGACCGUUGAGACGGACGUCACGGGCGAGCCGUUCUUCAUCCAUGUCACGCCCGGCGGGACCGCGACGGUUCCGAGCACGAAUGUUGUCACGUUCUCGACGGCCGCGGGGACGGAGGGCGUUGGGCUUGUUGAUGGGAAGCUCGCGUAUGAGAACGGCGCGUUUACGGCUUGCCCGGCUAGUGUGCUGCAGAGGGAGGGAAGCGAUAUUCUGAUCAGCUUCAAGUCGGCGGGUCAGCGCACGCUCGCGGGGUGCGCGAAUGUUGACCUUCAGGAGGCGUGA